AUGCCUCGAAACAGGGACGAAGACGAUGAUGUUGACGAAGAUUACGAAGGAUUGGAUUUAGAGGAAGAAGAGGAGGAAGAAGAAGAAGAGGAGAGAGGAAGAGGCGGUGGCGGCGGUUCUAGACGGAAGAGAGGAAGAUCAAGUUUUAUUGAUGAUUAUGCGGAGGAGGAUUCUCAGGAAGAAGAUGACGAUGAUGAUGAAGAUUAUGGUAGCCGUGGUGGAGGUAAAGGAGGUGCAGCAGCUAGUAAGAGAAAGAAGCCUUCUGCUUCUAUUUUCUUAGACCGAGAAGCUCACCAGGUUGAUGAUGAGGAUGAAGAGGAAGAAGAAGAUGGAGAAGACGACUUUAUAGUGGAUGCUGGAACAGACCUUCCGGAUGAGCGUGGUGAUAGACGGUAUGAACGGAGGUUCCUUUCUCGUGAUGAAAAUGAUGAGGAUGUGGAAGAUCUCGAGAGAAGAAUUCAAGAGCGGUUCUCUAGGCAUCAUGAAGAAUAUGAUGAAGAAGCUACAGAUGUAGAACAACAAGCGCUUUUGCCAUCAGUUCGUGAUCCAAAAUUGUGGAUGGUGAAAUGUGCGAUUGGCCGCGAAAGGGAGGUUGCUGUUUGUCUUAUGCAAAAGUUCAUAGAUCGAGGAGCAGAUCUGCAGAUCAGAUCUGUUGUUGCCCUUGACCAUCUUAAAAAUUAUAUAUAUGUUGAAGCAGACAAGGAAGCACAUGUGAAAGAGGCAAUCAAGGGCAUGAGGAAUAUAUAUGCUAAUCAGAAGAUCUUACUUGUCCCCAUAAGAGAAAUGACGGAUGUUCUUUCUGUUGAAAGCAAAGCAAUUGAUCUAUCUCGGGAUACAUGGGUUAGAAUGAAAAUUGGGACGUAUAAAGGUGAUCUUGCUAAGGUAGUUGAUGUUGAUAAUGUGCGCCAGAGGGUCACAGUCAAGUUAAUCCCAAGAAUCGAUCUGCAGGCACUAGCCAGUAAACUGGAUGGAAGAGAAGUUUCAAAGAAAAAAGCCUUUGUUCCACCUCCACGGUUCAUGAACAUUGAUGAAGCUAGGGAAUUGCACAUACGUGUAGAGCGACGGCGUGAUCCCAUGACGGGUGAUUACUUUGAAAAUAUUGGUGGGAUGCUUUUCAAAGAUGGUUUCCUGUACAAAACAGUAUCAUUGAAGUCCAUUACUGUUCAGAAUGUUACACCAACUUUUGACGAACUUGAAAAAUUUAAUAAACCAAGUGAAAAUGGAGAGGGCGACUUUGGUGGUCUGUCAACUUUAUUCGCAAACAGAAAGAAAGGUCAUUUCAUGAAGGGUGAUGCGGUUAUUGUUAUCAAGGGGGAUUUAAAAAACUUGAAGGGUUGGGUUGAGAAAGUAGAUGAAGAAAAUGUCCUUAUCAGAUCAGAAAUGAAAGGUCUUCCUGAUCCUCUUGCUGUAAAUGAGAAAGAGCUCUGCAAGUACUUUGAACCUGGAAAUCAUGUGAAAGUGGUUUCUGGGACCCAUGAAGGAGCAACAGGCAUGGUUGUCAAAGUUGAUCAACAUGUCCUGAUCAUAUUAUCUGACACAACCAAAGAACACGUCCGUGUGUUUGCUGAUCAUGUUGUUGAGAGCUCAGAAGUGACAACUGGUGUUACCAAAAUUGGGGACUAUGAACUUCAUGAUCUUGUGCUGCUGGAUAACCUGAGUUUUGGAGUAAUUAUACGACUAGAGAAUGAAGCUUUUCAGGUUCUUAAAGGGGUUCCUGACAGACCUGAGGUUGCUCUUGUCAAACUCAGAGAAAUCAAAUGCAAAAUUGAGAAGAAAUUUAAUGUUCAAGAUCGCUACAAAAAUGUCAUUGCUGUGAAAGAUGAUGUCAGAGUCAUUGAGGGUCCUAGCAAAGGUAAACAAGGUCCUGUAAAGCAUAUUUACAAAGGAGUCCUAUUUAUAUAUGAUCGACAUCAUCUUGAGCAUGCCGGGUUUAUCUGCGCUAAAUGCACAUCAUGCAUUGUUGUUGGUGGAUCACGUUCUGGUGCUAAUAGAAAUGGUGGUGAUUCUUUUCCAAGGUAUGGCAAUUUCAAGGCGCCUGCUCCAGUACCCUCAUCUCCAGGAAGAUUCCAGCGCGGCAGAGGCGGAUAUAACUCUGGAGGGAGGCACAGGGGUGGAAGAGGAGGGGGGGACGAUUCUUUGUUGGGUACUACUGUUAAAAUCCGUCUAGGGCCUUUCAAGGGGUAUAGGGGACCUGUAGUAGAAGUGAAAGGAAAUUUAGUGCGUGUAGAACUUGAGAUGAAGAUUGUAACAGUUGAUCGGGAUGCAAUAUCAGAUAAUGUUGCGACAACACCGUUUAGAGAUACAUCUCGGUAUAGUAUGGGAAGCGAAACACCUAUGCAUCCUUCUCGGACUCCACUUCAUCCUUAUAUGACUCCAAUGCGGGACUCUGGAGCUACACCCAUCCAUGAUGGAAUGAGGACACCCAUGCGUGAUAGAGCUUGGAAUCCUUACACGCCUAUGAGUCCAUCUAGGGAUAGCUGGGAAGACGGAAAUCCGGGAUCUUGGGGAACAAGUCCUCAAUAUCAGCCGGGAAGUCCUCCUUCACGGGCAUAUGAAGCACCAACUCCUGGCUCAGGAUGGGCUAGUACUCCUGGUGGUAGUUACUCGGAUGCAGGGACACCUAGGGACCAUGGUUCAGCUUAUGCUAAUGCCCCAAGCCCUUACCUACCAUCGACACCUGGACAACCGAUGACACCAAGCUCGGCUUCAUACCUACCUGGAACUCCUGGAGGACAACCAAUGACUCCAGGAACUGGCCUGGAUGUCAUGUCUCCUGUUAUAGGUGGGGAUGCUGAAGCAUGGUUCAUGCCCGAUAUUUUGGUUGACAUACACAAGGCUGGAGAGGACAGCGAUGUGGGCGUCAUCCGAGAUGUUUCGGAUGGAACGUGUAAAGUAUCUCUCGGGUCCAGUGGUGAAGGUGACACUAUAAUGGCCCUCCCAAGCGAACUGGAGAUAGUACCUCCGAGGAAGAGUGACCGUGUCAAAAUAGUUGGUGGGCAAUUUCGUGGGUCUACUGGUAAGCUUAUCGGAAUCGACGGUUCAGACGGUAUCGUUAAGAUAGAUGAUAAUCUUGACGUCAAGAUUCUGGACCUGGCCAUAUUAGCCAAAUUUGUGCAACCGUGAUAGUGUUCUAAUGAGCGUUGAAUUUUUUUAUCUUGUCAUCAGACCGUAUAUUGUAAUCUUAUAUUUCUCUAUAGUUUAUAAAGAAAACAUUGAACUAUUUCCAGUUAUCAUCGGAAAAAAAAACCUUUGAAUCUGA